AUGGAGAGACCCGGUGCACUCUGUGUUAUUGUUUCUCUUCUGCUUUGGCUGUCGCUUGAGAGCGUUAACGGGGGAUAUUACGUCAAGUACGGCACCGAAUCUAGAGUUGUGCCUGGGAAACUUAACGUUCACCUAGUUCCGCAUUCGCAUGACGAUGUCGGGUGGUUGAAAACCGUUGAUCAGUACUAUAUCGGAUCAAACAACACUAUCCAGAACGCUUGCGUGAGGAACGUGCUGGACUCAGUGGUGGAUUCGCUGCGUCGCGAUCCCAAUAGAAAGUUCGUGUUCGCUGAAAUGGCUUUCUUUACGCGUUGGUGGGAAGAACAAAGCCCGGAGACACAAGCAGAUGUGAGGAAACUUGUGAAAUCCGGACAACUUGAGUUUGUAAAUGGAGGAUGGAGUAUGAACGACGAAGCAACGUGCCAUUACAUAGAUAUGAUAGAGCAGACGUCAAUGGGUCACAGGUUCAUACAGCAGCAAUUCAACACAAGUCCUCGAGCUGCUUGGCAAAUCGACCCCUUUGGUCACUCCUCUGUUCAGGCUUACCUCCUGGGAGCAGAGUUAGGGUUGGAUUCCCUUCAUUUCGCCAGGAUCGAUUACCAAGACAGAGAGAAGCGAAAGAACGAGAAAUCACUGGAAUUCCUGUGGAGAGGAUCCAAUACUUUUGGUGCAUCAGCGCAGAUAUUCACAAAUGUGUUUCCAGUUCACUAUAGUCCACCAACUGGGUUUCACUACGAAGUCAGCGAUGAUUACGAGCCCCUCCAGGAUGACCCUCGUUCCGAUGCCUAUAACGUUAAAGAGAUGGUUGAUAAUUUCGUCAAUGCUUCUCUCUUUUAUGCCAAUGUGAGUCGAGGGAAGCAUGUGAUGUGGACGAUGGGUGAUGAUUUCCAGUACCAGUUUGCAGAGUCAUGGUUCAGGCAGAUGGACAGACUUAUCCAUUAUGUUAACAAGGAUGGCCGUGUGAACGCCUUGUACUCCACGCCAUCUCUCUAUGUUGAUGCAAAGAAUGUUGACAAUGUCACUUGGCCUCUCAAGACACUUGACUUUUUCCCAUACGCGGAUCGAGAAAACGCCUACUGGACAGGCUACUUCACCAGCCGUCCUGCUGUAAAACGAUAUGUUCGGGCUCUCAGCGGAUACUACAUGGCUGCAAGGCAGCUUGAGUUUCUGGUGGGGAAGAAAGCAGGAGGUCCAAACACUGGCAGCCUUGGGGAGGCUUUAGGAAUAGCGCAGCACCAUGAUGCUGUCACUGGAACUGCCAAGCAGCAUGUCACUAAUGAUUACCUGAAACGCCUUGCCCUUGGUGCUUCCGAGGCAGAAACUGUGGUGAAUUCUGCGCUGUCAUGCUUACUGAACAAGGCACCAAAUACUGGCUGCACACAGCCUGCAAUAGCAUUCAGCCAGUGCUCGUUGAUGAAUAUCAGCUAUUGCCCAGCUACAGAAGAAACCCUUUCUGGACAGAAAAGCUUGAUUCUGGUGGCCUACAACUCCCUUGCAUGGAAUCGUACAGAAAUCAUCAGGAUUCCGGUCAAUGAUGCAGGUCUGAGCGUGGAAGAUUCCUCUGGAAACAUCCUUGAUACUCAAUACAUCCCCAUGGAUCCUGUCACCAGCAACCUGAGAAAUAACUAUACAAAGGCUUAUUUGGGAAUAUCUUCACCGCAUGUUCCAAAGUAUUGGCUCGUCUUUAAAGCCACAGUGCCGCCACUUGCUUGGAACACAUUCUUCAUAUCUAAACCAAGCGGGGAAGGAAGCAAGAAACAGACAGACUCUCCAGUGAAGUUUAGUCCGAUGAAAAAUGUGAAAGAAAUUGGUCAAGGAAAUCUAAGGAUUGUGUUUUCUCCAGACUCUGGUCUUGUCGAACGGAUGUACAACUCCAGGACAGGAGCAAACAUACCGGUGCGUCAGGACUAUUUAUGGUAUGCUUCAAAUGCAGGGGACGAUCAAAAUUCCCAGGCUUCGGGUGCAUAUAUUUUCCGACCAAAUGCUUCUUUGGCGUAUCCUGUUUCGCCGAAACCAAAGUUGGAGAUAGUGAGAGGGGCUUUAGUAGACGAGGUGCACCAGCAGUUUAGUCCUUGGGUGGCACAGGUGAUAAGAGUGUACAAAGAAAAAGAGCACGCAGAGUUAGAGUACACUAUUGGUCCAAUUCCUAUUGGUAAAAAAAGAAACAUAGGGAAAGAGAUAAUAACGCGGAUGGUAACAAAUAUGACUACAAACAAGGAGUUGUACACUGACUCCAACGGAAGAGACUUUCUCAAACGGGUCAGGGAUAACAGAACAGACUGGCUUCUCCAAGUGAAUGAGCCAAUAGCCGGAAACUACUAUCCGCUUAAUCUUGGAAUGUACAUAAAAGACAAGAAAGCAGAGUUGUCGGUAUUGGUAGAUCGGGCAAGUGGGGGUGCCAGUAUUAAGGACGGCGAAAUGGAAUUGAUGCUUCACAGGCGUACCUGCAUGGAUGAUGGUAGAGGUGUAGAGGAGAGCCUUGAAGAAACUGUGUGUGUCGAUGAUGACAUCUGCUCAGGGUUAACGGUUCGUGGGACUUACUAUGUAAGCAUCAAUAAGCUGGGAGAAGGAGGGAGGUGGAGACGAGAGACUGCCCAGCAAAUCUACUCUCCUCUUCUCAUGGCAUUCACUCAUGAGACCAAGGACAAAUGGAAAGCCUCCACUUCUGUCCAAGGUUACGCCAUGGAUCCUCUCUACGCCUUCCCUCCAAACAUUGCUCUCCUCACUCUUCACCAGCUUGAUCAAGGCGACGUCCUUCUCCGCCUCGCCCAUGUCUACGAGGCUGAAGAAGACGGUGAUUACUCCAAACUCGCUAAAGUUGAGCUCAAGAAGUUGUUUUCCGGGAAAAUCAUAAAAGAAGUGAAAGAAAUGAGUUUGGCAGCAACUCAGGAGAAGGACAAGAUGAAGGAGAAGAUGAAGUGGAAAGUGGAGACUGAUCCCCAACAAGCUUCUUCUCCUCCGCUUAGAGGCGGACCUCUUGACAAGUCCGCUUUGGUUGUGGAGCUCGCUCCCAUGGAGAUUCGUACUUUCUUGCUUCAAUUUUCCCAGAAACCACGUACCAUUAGAAGAAGAAGAAAGUUGAUUCUCUGUUGA